AUGAUUGUGAGGUGUACAACUGUCCAUGAAUGUGAUUUGAGGUUCGUAAGUGACAAGCAUCGUCAAGCAACAGUAGCACUUGUAGCCAUUUCACUUAAAAGGAAGUUGAAGGAUUCUCGGACAAUAUACACACCAAGUGACAUUAUGAGAGAUGUGAAACACAGCUUUGGUUGCACCAUCCAUUAUUCGAAAGCUUGGAAAGCAAGGGAGUUAGCUCUAUUGUCCAUUAGAGGAUUACCGGAGGAGGCAUAUUAUAUCCUUCCAGCUUAUUGCUAUGAAUUGGAGCGUAUGAAUCCCGGCACAAAAACACACAUCCAAACUGAUGAGAACAAUCAAUUUGUGUAUUUAUUUAUGGCUGUUGGCGCAUGUAUUAGAGGGUUCCGUUCUUCUAUGCACCCAGUGAUAGCCGUGGAUGCCACUCAUUUAAAAUCCAAGUACAAGGGUGUUAUGUUUGUAGCAAAUGCAUUCGAUGGUAAUCGAAAUAUAUAUCCUCUUGCUUUUGGGAUCGGGGAUUUGGAGACGGAUGCAUCAUGGCAUUGGUUUUUCACUAAACUUCAUGAAGCCAUUGGUGAGUGUCCCAAUCUUGUUAUUAUUUCUGAUCGCAAAGUUAGCAUAGAGAAUGUGUGGAACAAAAUUUUUCCAACUGCACAACAUGGCAUAUGCUUUUAUCAUAUGAAGGGGAACAUGAAACGCACUUGCAAGUUGAAAAAGCGUGAUCACAUACUUAUGCACUUUGAGCAGGCUGCGAAAUCUUAUUCCAUUGCUGAAUUUGAUUGUCAUUUUCGCAACAUCAAGCGAAAGGAACAUGUUGCUCAAUAUCUUGAAGAGGCAGGGUUACAUAAGUGGUCUAGAGCUCAUAUGGAUGGACGCCGCUACAAUGUAAUGACAACAAAUAUUGUGGAGUCAAUCAACUCAGUCCUUAGGUUUGCAAGGAUGCUGCCAGUGGUUCAUUUGAUAGGGGAAAUUGUUAAUCUCCUUUUGAAAUGGUUCACCGAACGUCGUGAGUUGGCUUUGAAUUGCACAACAACAUUGUGCCCCAAUUUCGGAGAGAAGAAGUUGAGGAACAUGUUGGAGGAUGCUGCAAGGAUGAAUGUGGUUAAAUUAAAUAAUGCACAGUUUAAUGUUUUGGACGGUGAUAAGGACGGCCUCGUAGAUUUGACGAACAACAAUUGUAGCUGUAGAAAGUUUCAGCUUGAGCAGCUACCUUGCAAGCAUGUAGUUGCAGUUUGCCGCUUCUUGAAAGUAAAUGUAUACUCAAAGGCUUCUCGGAUUACACUCGGAAAACCUGGAUGGAUGCUUAUUCGGAUAGCAUCUACCCGGUACAACCUCACGGAAUGUGGGAUAUUCCUGAAGAUGUUCGAAGUCGAGUUGUGCUGCCUCCCAUGGCAAGGGUCAUGCCAGGUAGACGAAAGAAGAUAA